CAUUUUCUCCUGCGCUAUAUACUGUCCUUGUUUUUGGCUUUCGCUGGAGACACUUUGCUGUGUGCAGGAGAUUUUGUACCUCAAGUCUGAGUGGAAAACAAUGAAAGCGACGAAAACAUGAGCUGAUGUGUGGGAGUUUCCGACGUCAGCAACUUGGCCAGGCGCUGAUCUUCUGCGAAUCGCCGAGGAGUCGUUUUUGGCUUGGUAGUUCCGGAUUCUUCAGGAAAGACCUGUGCGUCAAGGUAGGGUCAUUUUGGGCCGGGCAGUAAAAUUCUGUGGUUCAUCCGUAUCCGUCAAAAGAGGGACGAUUUCUUUCUCUGCAUCUGACCCCCAAUAACUGGGGACGAGAUGCACAGACUGCAUAUACUUCACCGCCAGGUCAACACUAUGAUGAUGAACAACGACCCUAGUCCUGCGCGCACUGGAAGUGCCCAGAAAUGUUGCUGCAGUUUCUGCAAGAAAGAACGUACAGAAGCAGCAAGUCGCGAAUCCGGUGGAUCCGGUGUAUCUGAACGCCAAGAACGUGAAGCUCCCCCAGCCCAGGACAGUGCAGACGACCCGUAUAGUGCAAUGCUGAGCCGACAAGGACGAACGAGCGCUCCACGUGUGGGUGGGUGCCCCUUUGCUGGCAUGAUGUCGACAGGCGUUUGCCCCGUCACGGGGAAACACGCUUAGGCGCUCCCUUUGUUGCUCUCAUUUCUAAACCGCGUUGUCGUAGUGGCAGUGUUUCACAGAGGUCUCUUCCCAGCUACAGUUUCUCAGCAACGCGUACAGAGAAGAUAAUUUGAGCCGUCUGCUGAGGAGUUCCCCGUGUGUUGUCCCGCAGUUCGUGUUGCUACCAGUCUCCGCUCACGAGAAUACCAAACAUAUUUUAACUAAACCAGUGAACAAACGAAUACGGGAGCUCAAUGUGCGCGGCCGCAGUUUGGUGCAGUGACUGCAGCAAAUAUUGCAUUCAGCACCUUUCUAGCGUGUGGGCCAGGUUUGUGGAGAGCUAAGGCGACGACAUAUGUGAACAGGCGUGCACGGCAUCACUAGAAAAUAACAUCUCUGCGUUUGAUUUGGGAAAGUAUAUGCAAACAGUGCAUGUGACGUAUUUCUUUUCAAACACGUACCGUCGCGUUGAUCGUGUGAUGCUAAAUUGGUAGUGGGAUGGGAGUCGGACUUGCUUCCAUUGAACCUCAAGCUUCUAUCACUCAACCUUUAUGACUGGAAUACCUGUUCAGAUAGAUCAAGGAAAUGUCGCGUGAUUCCCUUCAUCACACACAGUACGAUACAUGGAGCAUCUAUGCCGUUUAAAACAACCCCUUCCGGGUAUAGGAGCCAACAAAUCAACUUCGAUUUUCUUCUCAGCCGCCAGAGACUCUUCAAGAUCGCAUUCCGUCGAGAUGCGCUAGCGAAAAUGCUAUACUGGCGUCGU